AUGGCGAACAAAGAUCACCAGCUUCACAACCACUCCCAGGGGGAAACCUUGAACUCUCUCUGCCAUAAUAUUCUGAGUGUCAACUGCCACCCUCUGUCAAAGAGCUCCACAAACCUAGGAGACAUCGAGCAAGGAGGUUUUGAAGAAGGUCAGAGCAACAGACGGGACCUCCGAAAAAGCCAGAGCAGUUCUGUCUGCCGAGGCCAGGAGAAGGAGACCACCGCUGGAAGGAUUCCUGGCUCUUUGGCCCAUCCGGAGAGCACAUCCACGGUCAGAACCACGAGCAGCUUGUCUCCACAAGACAGUGCACAAUGUCUCAUCGGAAACAGAAGCCACUUCUUCAGUGUUGACCAGUCCCCAAUGUCUGAAGAAGGGAUGUGUACCACAACGUACCUCCAGAGCAGUCCUGUCGAGAAGUUAACUCCAGCCUGUGGUGCCAACCUCCAACAACGGUGGACAAUGGAGGGUCUUGGAGUUGCAAUCCAGAGGAGCCUCUCUGAUCUAACAUGUAGCUGCAAGCAACCGAGUCCCACCUCCCACAUGGAGACAAGUGCCACAUCUCCUGCUAUAUGUUCCAGCAGUAGUAACUUUGCUUCGGCGGACAAAAUUGUUAUUUCAGGACUGAGAUAUGGAGUAGACACUUAUGAAAACGGCCCAGAUUUUCAAAGCCAUAUGAUUCAGAUUCCAGGCUUCUCUAGAAACCACAACGUACCCACUAAUGUCUUUCACCAAGGUGCUACAUCACACAACGUUGCUAUUUUUGCAGAACCUGGAGCAUACCACACAACUGUCCUUGGUUCAAGCACAACCAGUUUCUCCAAUAGGGCAAUGCAUACUCAGGGUGGAAUAGUACAUAGCAACUUUUCAACGGGUGUGUGCCCACCUGGAAUGGUGACCAUUCACAACGAUACUCCUCUGCCCUACAACAUAAGCCAUGCAUCUGCUGUGAAGGAAGAGGGCACCAUUCCUGCCUACUGCCAUACCUUACCAAUAACUUCUCUUCAGUUUACCCCUAGGCUGGUAUGCCCAGUUAAUGAACCGGGCAAAAAACAAGUCAGCCCUGAGUGUUGUACAUCUUCGCUUGCUACUGAAGUCUCCUCUGUGAAUGGGUCAGGCCUGGAAGCCAAGCACAUCCUGCGAUGCUGUAGUGCGCAUGGAGGCCGUGCGCUGCAUUCUCAGCCUUAUGCAGAAGCAAGCAAGGGCCAAGAGGAAAUGAAGACCAUGUAUGUGGUACUGAACAGCCACCAAGACGGUGUACACACAGUCAUGAAGACAAAGGACACGUGGACAAUGACCUCUAUGAAUGAUAUCACGCAGGGAUUCCAGAUUCCACUGGACUGUAGAGAUGCGGAAGUACAAACUUUCCCAGCAAGGGAAUGCAAGUCUGUGGCAACAAGCCCACCUGUUCUGGCAGAAGGCCACCCUCAUGUGUUCCCAGAGGUUAAUCUGAAACCAGAGGCAGAGGGCGAAAAGUCUCCAGUGCGAGAAGUCAGGUGGGACGAUGAAGGCAUGACCUGGGAAGUCUACGGGGCAGCUGUGGAUCCCGAGGUGCUCGGAUUGGCCAUUCAGAAACACCUUGAGAUUCAGAUAGAACAGUUCCAAACUGAACCGGCGGAGCUUCCGGGGAAAAACAUGGAGGAACAGCCAGCUAAAGAGGAGAAAAGGAUAUCCUUUGGGAUGGUAAUGCACUGCCUGAGAAACCCAACCUGUUGUGCACGUUCCAGCAUGGCAGUGGAGUGAACC